UAGCUCUGUAAAAGGGAAACGAGUCCAAAAUGGUUAUAACGGCCGCGAUAAUAACGUCGUCAAAAAGCAGUAUAUAAACGUCCAGCCUGUCCACCAGAUCUCCCACCGCCACCGACCGCCGUCUCCGGAUUCCGUCAACUCCCUCACUUUCUUCCCCAAUAUCAUUAUUAUAUAACUUAUCAAUUCAUCUAAACAAUAUAAAAUCUCCAAAUCUUUCACACUCCUACUGAGCUACUUCUUUCUCAAAAUAUCUUUUUCUGAUGCACAAAAGUUCGAUUCAACCUUUACAUACUUAGAUCUGUGUGUUUCUAAUCUCUCAGGGUCCUGAAGCACAUAAUGGGGUCUAAGAACAAUCCAGCGCAUAGACGAAGAAGUCCGUUAUCUAUAAUCAUUGUUUUUGGGCUCUGCUGUUUCUUUUACUUGCUAGGAACAUGGCAGAAAAGUGGUUUUGGAAAGGGAGACAGUAUAGCGAUGGACAUAACUAAGAAAACCGAGUGUGAAGAAGACUUUUCCACCCUUGAUUUCAGCUCUCAUCACAGCAUUCCAAUUCCCGAUUCUUCCAAACCAAAGGCCAAAAUGUUCAAACCAUGUGAUAUGAAAUACUCUUACUACACACCUUGCCAUGAACAGGACCGGGCCAUGAAGUUCCCUAGAGAAAACAUGGUGUAUAGAGAAAGACACUGUCCUCCCCAAGAGGAAAAGUUAAAGUGUCUAAUUCCAGCUCCAAAAGGGUAUACAACUCCGUUCCCAUGGCCAAAAGGGCGCGAUUAUGUUCACUUUGCUAAUGUGCCUUUUAAACAUUUAGCUGUUGAGAAGGCAAAUCAGCAUUGGGUUGAGUAUCAGGGCAACGUUUUUAAGUUUCCUGGUGGUGGAACGAUGUUCCCUCAAGGGGCAGAUGCGUAUAUCGAUGAGCUUGCAUCAGUGAUUCCGAUUAAAGAUGGCUCUGUCAGAACAGCUUUGGAUACUGGUUGUGGGGUGGCAAGCUGGGGUGCUUACUUGAUGAAAAGAAAUGUGUUGGCAAUGUCAUUUGCACCAAGGGAUAACCAUGAAGCACAAGUGCAGUUUGCUUUAGAACGUGGCGUGCCUGCUAUUAUCGGUGUUCUUGGAUCAAUAAAACUUCCGUUUCCGUCAAGAGCAUUUGAUAUGGCUCAGUGUUCACGAUGUUUAAUACCAUGGGGCGAGAGCAAUGGGAAGUAUUUAAUGGAAGUUGAUCGAGUUCUUAGACCUGGUGGAUUUUGGAUUUUGUCGGGUCCUCCAAUCAAUUGGAAGACAUAUUAUCAGACAUGGAAACGGACAAAAGAGGAUUUGAAGGCAGAGCAAAGAAAGAUUGAAAAACUCGCGGAAUCUCUUUGCUGGGAGAAGAAAUACGAGAAGGGAGAUAUUGCUAUUUGGAGAAAAAAGGUGAAUGCUGAAUCCUGCCAAAUGAAUUCAGCGGAUUUCUGUGAAUCUAGUGAUGGUGAUAGCGUCUGGUACAAGGAAAUGGAAACAUGUGUAACUCCGUACCCUAAAGUCAAGAACGCGAAUGAAGUGGCAGGAGGGGAGUUAAAGAAAUUCCCAGCAAGGCUACAAGCAGUGCCACCUCGGGUAUCUAAAGGACUAGUUCCAGAUGUUUCUGUUGAGUCUUAUCAAGAAGAUAGUAAACUUUGGAAAACGUACGUUGGCACUUACAAAAAGGCAAAUCGGUUAAUUGGCACUUCAAGAUAUAGAAACAUUAUGGAUAUGAAUGCUGGACUUGGAGGUUUUGCUGCAGCACUUGACUCGAAUAAAUUAUGGGUGAUGAAUGUGGUACCUACCAUUGCUCCGGAUACAUUGGGUGUUGUUUAUGAACGAGGUCUUAUCGGUAUAUAUCAUGACUGGUGUGAAGGCUUCUCAACUUACCCGAGGACAUAUGACCUUAUUCAUGGCAAUGGCGUAUUCAGCUUGUAUGAAAACAAAUGUGAUCUGGAAGGCAUCCUUCUAGAAAUGGAUCGAAUAUUGAGACCGGAAGGUGUAGUGCUCCUGAGAGAUGAAGUAGACGUGUUAACGAAGGUGAUGAAGAUUGCGUCUGGCAUGAGAUGGGAUGUUAAGUUAUUGGACCAUGAAGAAGGACCCUUUGUCCCCAAGAAAAUCUUUGUCGCCUCUAAACAAUACUGGGUUGGCAACGACACGUCAAGCGAGUAAUUUAUUAAUUAAUCAGUCAUUUUAGUCAACAAACUAGUCUUUUUAUAUAAGUCAAAGUCAAGAAAAUCAAGAUUUGCACUAGGUUCAAAAUGGAACUUGCAUAUCUUUAUGGAUCUGUUAUUGUAGAUGAUCAUAAAUUAUUUCAAGUGCUUGUAAACUUUUUACCUCCACUAGCAGGGUUAUUUUUAUUGUUUAGAUUCAUAAUAAUUUUGCAUUAUUGGAUUUGGACCA